AUGGCCCUCGGGACAAUUGCUGAAGAAGGAAAGGGCCCACGGGUAGUCUUCGAGGAGGAUGAACUGGAAGAUGAGUUUAUCAUAGAAGCACGAUGUACAGAUAAUAUACUGUUUGGCAUCGCCGCGACUGUUGGAGGCUUCGUCGUCUUUCUACAGUCACUGCCAAUCAUCCUCAACAACUGGGUCUACCUAACAGAACCAAGGCCGAUCAAUAAAACAAGUAUUGAAGGGGAGCAGUUUGAAGCCGUUUUCCACUACAACGUUGGGUACCUACAAAUUUGCCGCCAGUUUUUGCCGGAUCGACCUCCUAAUGACAUGUUUAACUAUUCAAUGGAGACGAUUUCAACUGCCGAACGAGAAUCCCAAUGCUAUUUGAAUCCAUUGAUCACUCGGGUUGAAUUAGGCGAUGAUUUUAGUUUGGCGUCAGUGGCUGUAAGUGCAAGAUUAGGAUUUUCGACAAUGUUUCACCUUGUCGGAGCUAUGAUUUGCGCAAUUGCGUUAAUCCUUGCAACCAUUGGCCACCUGCGACAUACCAUGCAUACGAUUCUAGCUGCCGUCUGCUAUAUCUGCGGCUGCAUAAUCUUGUCAACGGCGGUUUUAAUGUUUGUAUGUAUCGUGGAUGAUGAAUUGUCCCCAAGGAUGAAGGCGAAUUCCUCCGGGGAACCCAGCAAAUUCAGCUUUCGAUAUGGAUACCCCUUUUGGUCUUCGGUGGCGAGUAUAUUGCCGGUUCAAGUGUGUGCUUGUUUCCAAGCCUUCCUCUAUUUUCGGCGCUACCCAACUGUAGUGGAAAAGCUGAAAUUCGUACCGGGACUAGAGAAGAAAUUGCGAAACGCUCAGCUGGAUAAGGAAUUGGGCAUACCACCUAUGGAAAUUCACAAGCGAGGGUCUCUGGCUUCCUACAUGCCCUUUCCGUCAUUCUCAAUGGCCAUGGCAAGCGGGAGACCAUCACCUACACGAUCCUCCCAAAUGUCGCUACGUAACAAUUCAGUCGUUUUCGUUCAGGAGAUG